UCCGACGAUGAUGAUGAUGUUGAGGGAGUUGGCAGAGGCUGUAGUUUACGGAUUGGGGGGGCCGGCUAUUGUCUGCGUCACGUGGGUUCAUCCGGCUCCGCGGGUGUGUCGAGAGGGCGGUAGGGUAUUCGGCUACCGAGCGCACGUCGGCCUCAGCGGAAAACCCUCGGGCCUCAGCGAGACGUCAUGCUCGCUCUGCUUCCCGUCCUGCGCUUGGCGAGUCUGCUCUGGACCGGAGCGGCCCAGGCGUGGGAUCCCGACCUGCCCUUCGUGGACUACCUGGACCACGAGCGCCUGGUCUGCGUCAAGUGGGGAUUCGACGACGCGCGCGGGAACGUGACGUUCAAAUUCAUCGUCAACACCACCGGCUGGAUCGGCUUCGGCCUGAGUCCCCACGGAGACAUGACGGGGGCCGAUCUCGUCAUGGGGGGGGUUGGGCCCGGCGGAACCUACUUCAAAGAUUAUUAUUCCGCAGAAAACUCCUACCCCGCGGAGGACCGGCAGCAGAGCUACACGCUGCUGUCGCUCACCGAGAGCCAAGGUCAAACUCUCAUGACCUUUUCCAGGGCCUUCCAAACGUGCGAUGAGCAAGACCUCCCCAUCACCGCGCAACCCAUGAAACUGAUAUACGCUUAUGGAGCUACGGAUGAGAUCGGGUUCCAUGCGGGUCUCGCCGGUACCAAAGAACUCAACCUGCUGAAUUUUGUCCCCAGAACCACUGUAACAAAUGGAAACUAUAUCAGUGCCACAAUGGAGAAUAUCACCAUCCCCGCGCAGGACACUUAUUACCACUGCAAGGUCAUGAAGCUUCCGACCUUGAUUGCCAAGCAUCAUAUAGUUCAGAUGGAGCCCGCGAUUGAGCACGCUGACAUGGUGCGCCGCGUGCUGCUCUCCAGCUGCCCGCCGUACGUGACCACGGCCUACGACGGCCAAUGCUACCGGGGCCACUCGGGCGACCACUGCUUGGGGAUCGUGGGCGCGUGGGCCGUCGGAGGCCAGAUCUUUGAGCUUCCGGAAAACACUGGCAUUCCCAUCGGAGGCGGGGACGGUGCCGCAUUUUAUAGACUGGAAAUCCACUACAGCAACCCAAACGGCGAAUCGGGCAGGACCGACAGUUCGGGUCUGAGGCUGCACUACACGGAUCAACUGCGGCCGCACGACGUCGGCGUCCUGUCCGCGGGCGUCUCGCCGUCUCGCCGCAUCGACUACGACAUCCCUCCUCGAGCUGCUAAAUUCCGCACCUACGGCGUGUGUAACACCAGUCUGUUUUCUCGGAUCAUUAACCCCGUGCCGGAUCUGCAUGUUUUUGCCGUAACGAUGUACACUCGUUCGGCCGGGAGGGAGGUCCGAGUCGGACAUUUCAGAAAUGGAGAGCAAAUAGGUUUCCUCGGCGUGAAUCCCAACUAUGACUUCAACUUGCAAGAGGUUUCCAGAUUGGGAAGCAUCGAGACCAUCGAGCCGGGAGACGAUCUUGUGGUGGAGUGCUCCUACGGUACUUCUGAUAGGACAGCAGCCACGCAGAUGGGAUUAGCCGCCACCGACGAGGUGUGCCUGGCCUUCCUGCUCUUCUACCCCAAAAUCGAGAUUGUGACAUGCGUCAGCCAGCCCAAUGUGACAAACCUGAACCACCGAUUCCCUGUGGGAGGCUCUGUUUCAAACCAAAAGGAAAUCGAGGAGUACGAGAGCGCGGUGAAGAACCUGUGGCAAAUUGAAAUUGCAUUCGCGAAUGACAGUCAGUUCCACAUUUACCCGCACGGCAAUGUCAGGGAUAUGAUGGAGAAGCCAACGUUCCGCUGCGAGCAUACAGUCAACGCAGCAAACAAGUGCACAUCCUGGAUUUGGAAUCACGCAUCAGUCCUGCUUGCGUUUGUCUGGAUCGCUCUUUUCUGAAGAAACCACUGAUGCGAA